CUGAUUCGAACGCGGUGCGUUUGUAAGGAAGUAGUAAGAGUUGACGGUUACCUGUUAGUUUGGCGUGUAACGGCGUAUGUGUUGUCAUCCGAUUUUGGCGGUUUGUUUUUGAAUAUUUUGGUGUUUAAAAGUGUCCAAAAAGGAUUUAUUGCCAUCAAACACGAUUCUAAUAUUAAAUCCAAAUCGCUAAUACCAAUAAAAAAAACUGUAGUUGAAACAAACUGAUGUCACCUAUCAAACAAGAAUUGAAUUUCUACACGUGUUAAAUAAUUACAAAAUCAACAGUUUAAUAGUAAUGAAAUUCUUGUCUACAAUUGUGGUACAUUAGGCAACACAGUUUGCAUGCGUGAGUUCGAGUCGCGGAGCGCUAACGACAUCGGUCGCGAUGAAAUGGUGUCGGUAUCGCCCUCUCGCGUCGGGAUGACCGAUUGGGAGGGAAUGUGGAUUAGAUCUCUAGCUAAACCACCGACAUGCAGAUCCCUACAAGAUCUACAAGUUAUUUAUUACGGACUUAGCGGCUUGGAGGCGCUGCAAACAUUGAGAGAUUCAAGUUUGCGCGCUUUAUGUAAAAUUGUUCGUUACGAAAAACAUUUGGCCAAUGAUGUGCUCUAUUACACCGGCGAGCUAUCAACAUGCUGGUAUAUUCUGUUAUCCGGAUCGGUCUUCAUCGAUGGAUCCAUGUUUUUGCCACGAUCAAGUUUUGGCAAAAGAACUGGAGGAAGCGCUCGUCGCCAAAACGAAUGUUUCGUUUUGGAACCAUCAGAGAUGAUCGUGAUCGAUUAUCCAGACAUAGAACCCAGAAGGAUACAGAAUUCACCGCUGAUGGAUCAUCCCCAGCAUAGAAGCAUCAACAUCAUGUUUGAAGAUGCAUAUGCUCAGAACAUUCCAAGACAAAAUUUAUACCAUAAAUGUUCAAGAGGAUCGCAUUCUUCAGAUACGAGUUCCGCAUAUAGUGGAUCGGACACCAUGGCCUCCACCCAUUCAGAACUAGAAGGAGAUGAGCUCGAUCUUACCGGGCUUGUCGAAAGCAUCGUCGAUAGCGAUGAAGAAGAUGAUUUGACAGAGAGUAUGGAUAGUUUAACAGUAAGAGAUAGAGUGAGAGACUGUCUCGAAAAGGAACCAGCAGAACGCACUGAAGAUGACAUAGAAGCAUUAUUGGAAUUUACUCAACACUUAAAAGCUUUUACAAACAUGACAUUAGCUGUGCGUAGAGCUUUGUGCGCAGUCAUGGUAUUUGCCGUUGUUGAAAAAUCAAAUACAGUAGUUAUGAACGAUGGCGAAGAACUGGAUUCUUGGUCGGUAUUAGUUAACGGGUCCGUAGAAGUAGUCAUACAAGAUGGACCAAGUCAAACUCUAUACAUGGGAGAUGCAUUUGGUAUAUUACCUACUAUGGACAAACUUUACCACAAAGGUAUAAUGAUCACUAAAUGUGACGAUUGCCAAUUUGUUUGCAUAACUCAGUCGGAUUACUACAGAAUACUCCAUCAAGGCGAAGAAAAUACUAGACGACACGAAGAAGAUGGUAAAUUAGUAAUGGUAACUGAACUUAGAGGUUCAAUGGAUCCAGGUAGUAACAGAAGAGGUCAUGUAGUCAUACGAGCUACAGCAGAACGACUUAUGCAACAAUUAAUAGAAGAAAAUUCCGUAACUGAUCCUACUUACGUCGAAGAUUUCCUAUUAACCCAUAGAGUUUUCAUCAAAAGUCCUUUAUACGUAGCUAAUCAACUUCUAGAUUGGUUCAAAGAUCCCGAUGUUCGCGAUCGUGUAACAAGAGUGGUACUACUUUGGGUUAAUAAUCAUUUUACGGACUUCGAAACGGAUCCUGACAUGAUAGAUUUUUUGGAAACGUUUGAACAAGGCCUCGAAACAGAAAAGAUGUCUGGUCAACUAAGGCUUCUUAACAUUGCCUGUGCAGCUAAAGCGCGAAUUCGAAACGUCGUACUAGCUAGACCGAAUCGAGAUGAACCUUUAAGCUUCCAAAUACUCGGAGGAUUCGAAAGAAACUUUGGAAUAUUCAUUUCGAAAGUUGACAAAAAAUCUAAAGCCGAAGAUGUCGGUCUGAAACGUGGAGAUCAAAUUUUAGAAGUUAAUAAUCACAGUUUCGAACAUAUGUCAUUGUCGAGAGCUUUAGAAAUUUUAAAAGGAACCACUCAUUUGAGUAUUACUGUGAAAUCGAAUCUUUUGAACUUCAAAGAAAUGUUGAACAUACCUGAUAACUCACCAAGACCUCGUGGCAGAAAAGUUUCAGAAAUUACUAAACUUCCUCCUGAUCCUAGAGCUAGAUUGUCCAGUGUCGACGGAAAUAUAAUACUGAGUCAUGAUACCCCUGCUUCACAACCUGUGACAAUAAACAGUCCAGCUAAAGGAGGGAAAAAGCAGAGUUUUAUGACGCUGGGAAGACUGCAGAAGGCAUUGAUGAAAAUGAGUAUUUUCCCUAAAAAUAUGAUCAAUGUUGGUUUGGGACAGGACGAAGUUGAUAGUUUUAACCCCCCAUCUACUUUAGGAUCAAAUCUCUACCAGUCUCAAAGCAACCCCGAUCUGAUGUCAAUAUGUUACGAUGAUUUGAGAUGCACAGAUUAUCCAGAGCAUGUUUUGAAGGUUUAUAAGCCAGAUCAAAGCUACAAAUACCUCUUGGUGCACAAAGAAACGACUGCUCACGAAGUAGUCAUGUUGGCUCUUCAAGAAUUCGGCAUGACGGAUCCUAGCAGUAAUUUCAGUUUGUGCGAAGUAUCAGUAACGGACAACCAAACUAUCAAACAAAAACGACUACAAGACGACCUACAAAAUCUAGCCGAAAGGAUAGGUUUAAGUAGCAGAUAUUAUCUUAAAACGAACGGCGUUACUGAAACAUUGGUACCUGAUGAAUUAGCGCCAGAGUUAGUACGAGAAAGCGCUGUACAUUUCUUGCAAUUGAACGCAGUGGAAGUGGCAAUACAAUUAACUUUGUUAGAUUUUAGUAUUUUUAGACAAAUUGAACCGACGGAAUAUAUUGAUGAUCUCUUCGAAUUAAAAUCAAAAUACGGAACGCCCAUGUUGGAACAGUUCGCGUCUUUGGUAAACAAGGAAACGUUCUGGGUGGUAUCAGAAGUCUGUUCGGAACACAAUCCAGUAAGAAGAAUGAAGAUAAUUAAACAAUUUAUCAAAGUAGCGAGGCAAUGUAAAGAAUGCAAAAACUUCAAUUCUAUGUUCGCCAUAAUAAGCGGUUUGGGUCAUGGAGCAGUUUCGAGGUUGAGACAGAGUUGGGAUAAAUUACCAGGAAAAUACCAACGAGUGUUUGCUGAAUUACAACAACUCAUGGAUCCUUCAAGAAACAUGAGCAAAUAUCGACAGUUAGUAAGCGCUGAACAGACCCAACCACCAAUUAUACCUUUUUAUCCAAUAGUCAAAAAAGACUUGACAUUCAUUCACCUCGGCAACGAUUCCAAAGUCGAAGGCCUAAUUAAUUUCGAAAAAUUGAGAAUGAUAGCUAAGGAAGUUAGAUCGUUGAGUAAUAUGUGUAGUAGUCCGUACGAUUUACUCACUAUGCUAAAAUUGGGCGGUCAACCUGCCAGUAAUGCAAUGGUAGCCCUUAACCAGUUGACUACUGCAUCAACUCAUUAUCACACCCAAGGUCAAGCAACUGUAAAGAGACGGAAGAAGUCAACAGCAGCUCCCAAUCCAAAGAAAAUGUUUGAAGAAUCUCAAAUGGUACGCAGAGUUAAGGCCUAUUUAAAUAACCUCCAAGUAGAGACCGAUGAAACGAAGCUACAUGAAAUGUCUUUGGAAUGUGAAGGACCGGCUACUGGAAGUUCUUCUGCACCCGGAAUCCAGAGAACUAAAAGACAUUCUUCUCCAGCUCCUAGUACGACAAGCAGUACGAGCAGUGCUAGCGAUGAGCGAAAACCGACUGCCAAAUUCGGGAGCUAUUCAAGUUACGGAUCCCACAGCUCAAAUAGCUCGGGAAAUGGAGGUAGAGCAAUGCACGAAAGAUCUCAUUCCGAUACACCUACACCUCUUCCUUCAGUUGCUCUGUCCGCCGAAAGCAGCAGUGUUACCUCACUUAGUAACUUACCUUUGAGAAAAACCGUUACUUCUGGUUCGGUUUCAUCUUCGGACUCGGGUCAUAGCACGAUCAGCCAAGUAACAAGCAGUUCCAAUGAUUGUCAUUCUUAUCAACAACGUUGUUCGAGUCCACCCAGGCAUCCACCUCCUAUCCCAGGCCCUGGCAGAAGACAACCUCCCGCUUACAGUGUUGCCGCGCAAAUGGCGAGGUUGCAUAGAUUAGGUAGAGCGCAUUCCCACGAGGGCGUAACUCAAGGUUACCACUAUCACACAGAUCCAGAUACGGAUCAGGAUGAUGAAGAGACCCAAGUCUCGGCGGUGUGAACAUUUUACCUUUACCAGUGAUUUCAAAAAAAUGAUUGAGAAAAUAAAAUAUUUAUCGGUGUUUCUGCAUUGCAUAUCAAUACAAAAUCAAUACUCAUUGAUCUGUGUCCGUUUAUUGUAUGUGUGUGCAAAAAGUUUCAGGGUACUGGGGCAAAAACGCGUGUCUCGUUAAACAUUUAUCACAGUUUUAGUUUAGUAUACUAGCGAUUCUAGUAAAUUUAUUGAACUUGACUUAAGCUAUAGUUACAAGAAAUCAAAAGUAUUAUUGUUAAUAACUAUGGAACAAUAACUUUCAUAAUACAUUUUUAUUUAAUCAUGAUUCCAACGUUUUCUUCCAUUUUUCCAUGAAUAAGUUUUUGUGGAUUGUAGAUACGGUUCUUGUCCCUGUGAAAAGUACCUGAUUAUUAUUUAGAUUCAAUACAUAAGGUUUAUAGAUUUUAGAUUAUUUUAUUUAUAUUAGUAAACAUAUUUGAUCAAUAUAAUGUACAUAUAAAUGACAAUAUGAUUUUUCUGUUUGUUUUAAUUCAUCUGAUAUCUUAUUAUUUCAAGUGUAUUAUAUAAGUAGGUGUCAAUUUAAGUAAUGUGUCAAGUUUCUUAUAAAAAAUAUCUGUAUAUGUAGAAAUAUCAUUGAUUAUUAUAAUUUCUGUUAUAUAUAUAUAUAUAUAUAUAUAUAUAUAUAUAUAUAUAUAUAUAUAUAUAUAUAUAUAUAUAUUGUUAUUAUUAAAAUUAUAACCAAAUAUAGAUAUACCUCAUGUUUUUAAACCACAACUUCUUUACUUGCAAAACGAAUGUUGAAUCAAAUUUUCCUCAAAAAUAUUGAUCAAAUUUAGAGUCGAUAUAAACCACAGACAAAAGCUUUGAAAGAAAUUAGUCAGUAUUUGUUAAUGCAAACAAAAUAGCAGAAUUUGAGAGGUGAUAGGAUUAUUUAUCUAGAUCUAUAAAUAUAUUUAUUUAUAUGACACUAAAACCAAGUUCAUUGUGCCUCAUAUCUACAGAGUAUCUUCCAGUAUAGGUACCAGCUUCAAGAUUAGAUCUUCGCCCCUACAGGUUUCUUGUCCAAAGUAUGUUUUGUAUAUACUAAAAAAGAAGGAGAAUUCUAGAUCCAGGAGAACUGUAGAUUCAUUCAUUCAUUUUUCUUCUCGUAAAAUAUGUACUCAUAGGUUUCUUUCUCCUUUUUUUUACACCACCGAAAGGCUAUGUGCCAAUAGAAUCCGUUUUUGCUAGUUUUCUUGAAAUUGUAUUGGGAUUUUCAUUUCCUUUGUUUCCUGAGUGACAGGAACCAAGACUAAAGAGAGAAUUAUUUUUGCCUGUUAGUUCAAAUUUUCUUCAGCACUCCCAUGUCAUUAUAUGAUAUGGAGGCUCGGUGCUGAUUGACUAUUAAAACGAAUUGCUUUGUCAUAUUCUAUUUUUCUCCAGUCUCAUAUCCACGCAACCUUUUGCCUUGAUGCUUAGUGAACUAAUAUCCGUUUAUUAAAUAGAGCACAGCGCUUGUUGGGCAAACUUUAGCAAAUACUUUAGUUGAAAAAACAGAAAAUUUAUUUGAGACAAAUCUUCACAUAUUUAUCUAGCAGACAUUUUAGACAGCAUUAGUACGAAAGAGUAAUUUUUUUUAUUUCAGCUAAAAUUAACCACUGCUGGUCAGUCUUAAUUUUUUUAGAACUCUAAUUUUGAACAAAAUUUAUUUUCAUUAAUUUUUUAUUGACAUUAAGUUGUUACUUGUAUAUACAAUCUUAAAGAAAAUGAAAAUAUUAUUCUUUGUUUACCAAUGAGCUGUUUGUCGAAGAAAUAGCACUGUUUGGUUCUAGCUUGUUACAUGCCAAGCCUGGUUUGGAAUUGGGAUUGAAGCAAGCAAGCUGAAACUGGAUUGAUGCCAAACUAAACAUUCAAUGUGGUUCUUUGUUUAUUGUUUGAAUUACGUGAAGUUUGUAAUUUAGAAAAUAAAGCAGCCUUUUCAAUGUAUAGUGAAAUGUAUACAUAAAUAUUUAUACUAUAUGUAUUAGUUUUUUCUCUACAUCUAAAAUUUUCGUAUCUGCUAUCUCCAUUUAAUAAUUUAUUAAAAGUAGUUCAUUACAGUAACAUAAUGUAAGUUCCGAAAUGUUACCAAUAUAUCUCAUUUAGAACUCUCUAAUUUCUUAAUAGGAUAGUGAUCUUCUUCUUUAAUUUGUCAUCGGUAAGAUCUGGUUCAUACUUUUGAAACGAACUGAGUAUUUUUAGCAAAUAAAUACUUUUUUUUAAAUUUUUAUUCAUAUAAUUUUACUUGAUACAACUUUGGAUAAUAUUAAAAGCAUCACAAAGUCUUUGGGGGUCUUAUGAUGUAACCAUUAUCGUAGCCAUCUAACCAAGUGACCGAAAGAUUGUCAAUUGAUUAGAUGAUAAACUGCGAGCAUUAAUUAGACCCCUCAAUUUUUCAUUUAAAUAUUUUUCAUUGCUGUUUUCUUGAAAAUCUACACAUUGAAAAGACUAAAAUAAUAUUGAUUUUUCAAUUUAUGACUCCUAUCCAAAUUAUUGGCACAUUUUCAGAUUCUUUAUUUUAAAUUGACACCAACUGUACCAUUUUUAAAUCUUAAUGCAUUCCAUAUCUUGUAAAUACCCUAUUUAAAUAUUAUUUGAUAAUAAAAUAGGAUUUAGAUGUAUAUUAUUGACAAAUUAUCGAAAUUUAAAUGUUUAAACGUAUUUUAAAAAUAAAAAAUUGUUUCUAGUUGGGCUGGUAUACGUCAGUACUUUAAAAUAUUUUUACCUUUCUGAAAUCUAGUUUCUCGUUUUUUUCUAACACAGGACAAGUCAAUACUUUGGCAAGCUCGAUACAUUUAUCUUAUGGUUAAUAAGGCAUUGAAUAAAUGCAAACUAUGUUUUCAAGCAUGUAAUAACAAGUUUUUGACAACAAUUAUUUAUAACCUGACUCCAACGGGUGUGUACGAUAGCCCUGAAUCAACUCUGCUAAGUUUUAGCCUAGUAGUUGCAAAAACUGUGAUUUUGUAAUUUUUUUAUGAUCACUGACAUUGGAAUCACAAAUUAUAAAAAAAUAAUUUGGAUACUCAACAUUUUUGCGACAUAUUUUCCUUCCCACCUUUUUUUUAUAAAAUAAAUUUCGAAUAUUUGAUUUAGUAUACAUCGUAAACUCUAUAUUAGACUAACUACAAGAAUUUUUUUUCUGCUUGAUAAUUUUAAACUAUUGAAAAGUGUUUUUCAUAUGGAACUUUUAGUCCUUUGUAACUUAACUAGUAUUGUAUUCCCUUUUAUAAUGAUAAUAAGAAGUUUCAUGCAGAUGCACAAUUAUAUUUAGAUGAUAUAAAGAAAAAAAUAUCUAGAAACAUUUUUAUAUUGGACUAUAUACUAGACUGAAUUUAACAGUGCUUUUUAAAAGUAAUUGUGAUUUUGUAAAACGCAUAUGUUGAAAGACAGAGAUAAUCAUUAUUGUUUACUAUAUAUUUUCAUUUACUUAUGUUUUCCAUUAAUUUUCCUUUCUAGAGCAUGCCGAAAAAUAUAAUGCAAUUUUAUCCUAUUCUAUAAUUACAAACUGUUGAAGUUAUAAUCAUUAUUUUACUUGCCAUAUGCUGGGUUUAAUUGCAAGUGUAUUAAUUAAUAUGAGCGCAUGAAAAUAAUCAUUAAUAGACUUAAUUCACCUGUCCAAAUAAUUAAAGGUACCGUAGUCGACCCGAAUUCCCUCAUCUUAAGCCACUUAUCCAAGGAUUGAAUUUGGGGACGAACCAUUUUGUACUAUGUUAUCAUAUUGAAUUUUCAGAAUUCACGAAAAACUAUGUUUUUUUAACUCAUGAGAGCCCAAGAAGUUGUAUGGCAAGUGUUCCUCGUUUGCUAUUUCUGCUAACAUUAAAACACUUUUGAAGAAACUGGUCAUCUUCAGAACUGCAACUUUUAUUUUUACCCUGGUACAUAUCACAGCAUUGCUUACUUAGAUCACGGCAAAAUAUUUAAUCAUCGAGUCAUCAUAAAUUAGGUUUUGCUCGGGGACAAAGUGAUGGAAUUUGGGCGGGUGCUGGCGUUCGGGUCACAGUAUGUGAACAAAAGAAAUUUUUAUUUUUAUUACAUACUAUAUCCUCACAUUUUUUCAUUCUUCUCGUUAUUCUGAUAAUUGAUACUAAAUAUAUUAUUUUGUUGAAAGUUUAAUAAUUGCAUCUCUGUCUAUGGUAUUUUGAGCUUAAACUUUUUUGCAAUGUUUUUUUAGGAUUUGUGAUUAAAACUAGUCGCUCAAUUUAUAAAAUGGAAUGGCCAUUCGUUUGAUUUCUCUUUCCUACAAAUGAAAAUCUGAGAAUUGAGACGAAUACAUCAUUUAUUUCGAAUUUAUUUUGAUAUUAAAAAAUACUAUUAAUUAUAUACUAUUGUUUUAAGUAGAUGUAUAUCUGUAUAUUAGUGUACAAAUUUAUUUCAUUCACAUUAAAUGGCUUUAGAAACAGUACAUGUCAUUCACUUUUAAUGUAAUAAUUUCCAAAUAAAUCUUAAACAAAAAAAAUGUUUUUUUUGGUUUCCCUGUAUUCUCCACGUCGUUAAAUGCUGUAAAAUUGAUUAACCACGAAUGCUGUGUGGCGAGGUAAGAAUGAGAGGGUAGAAAGAGAGUGGCAAGGGUUAGAAGACGAGGGAGUGUACAUUAAUUACUCUAGGCCUUUUUACGUAUGCCUACUUACAAUGAGCAUGCACGUUCUUAAGGGCCUGCGCGCCAAAGUGGGUUUUUGUGCGGAUUGUUAAUUAUUUAUUGAAGAUUGUCGAUUCUUGAUCGAUUGCUGAUUGGUGAAUAUUGACUGUGGAUAAUUAACAAUAAACACUAUUCAGUUGUAUGUUUCAUCGAAUGGAAAGAUAUAGGGACAUGAAA